UGGAACAUCGAAAUAAAAUAGUUCUGUUACUUAAGUUAUGCAAGGUAUUUCUUUUGUUAGUCGUAAAACAUAUCAUAUUUCAUCAGAAAGUAAUGAAUAUUUGUUGAGAAAAAUAUUCUCGAAUGCAAAGGGUCCAUUCUUUGACACGUGUCUCACAGAAAAUGUUUCCUUAGAAAAAUUGCGCGUGAUAAAUGGCACACGUGGCACGGACGUGUUAAGGGACUGUUUCGUUUAUUCUCCUCUCUCGAGUGCAGAGGAUUAACCCUUUGCGGACGAAGAUUCUCUGAAAUGUACAAAAUCUUCAACAGAUGAAGCUGAAUUAUAUAUUAAUGCCGAAAUGUCGACAUUCGUCCGCAAAGGGUUAAGAGACAGAUCUUGGAACGACGUUAGACACUUGUGGAGCAUCUACGACCGUCAUACGUUGAAAGUUUAACACGAAACUUGCUUUCCUCCGGGGAAGAUCAAGAUAAACCAUAAAAAUAUCGCAAGAGAAAUGUUCAAAAUAUUGUGCAUCAUUCCGAAACUUUCUUCCAGACGCCACGGAGCCGUUCGAUUCGCGUGAUAGACAUCUAAGAGAUCCUUUCAAAGCGUUUACUGUCUAUCCGAACGCGAACGUUCGCGGUGUGUCGAAAAAGUGUCUAUCUUCGUCGCUCUAGAUCGCGGUCGAUCCUAUUUCCUUAUCGUUAAACUAGAUUUUAUAGUAUUUAUAGCGGACGGUAAAGCUCACGAUCGACACAACAAUGCGAUUGAUAAAUAGUCCAUACCAGAACCGUCAACCAAUUAGAGUAACUCAGAGUUCCUUCUAGAAACUGACUUCCUAAGAAACUAAUUUUCAAACGUAAAUUGUAAUUAGAUGAUCAUCGAUUAUCCUAUAGUUUUUACUGGAUAUUUUACUAAUAUCAUUAAUCAUUGAAUACCAAUUCCCAAAUGGAUCGUUACUUGUUCGAUGGUUCUAGUAUGAAAUUUUUCCAUAGAAAUUCAAAGAGUGCAUCUAUUAAGGUUCCAAUUGAUUUAUAAUUCAGUUCUUGUAUUAAUAAAUCGAUUUCUUUGUCCAUUUCUCAGAGAAUCCGAUAGCUUAUCAGUAAUUAUGAAAGAAGAAUUCAGGGACGGUCAUUUCGACUCGUUUGGUGGUUCCGGCGCGAAAGAGGAUUAAAUAACGCGAAAGGGAGAUGAAACGCGUCGCAGCCGGUCAGUUUUUCCGUCCACGUCACGUCAUCGGCCGUCUCUUCCCUGAACGCGGUCCAACGCGAAGUAUGCGGGCGGCGGGGAAUUAUUAACCCUUAGCACUCCAGAUGGUUUUGUAAUUUAUCGGCAACUGCAACUAAUUUUUAUGGUAUCUCUAGUGAAAAUGAAAAAUGCUGUAACAUUCCUUCUCAGUACGAAAUUUGGAUGUGUGGAAAAUCGAAUAAUUUUGGGGUUAAAGCGUUAGAAAACAGCCUGCCUCAACGAAAACGUCGGAAUUAACGUCACCAGAUAACGGAGAUGAGAGCGAUUCGUCGAGUCCACCGAGUCGAAUGUCGAUCCUCUUAUCAGAUCGGCGAUCGUGAAUCUUUGAUCACGGCCGAGCAACGUUGCCAGGCCGUUUCGAGAGUCGCCGUUAAGUAUUUCCGCGACGAAGCGAGAAAAGAAAAGAAUAUAAUUAACCGAUUGACCCUUGAACCGGCAGUACGAAGCUAUAGCCUGAAAUUGAGGCGUUCAGAAGUUAAUUCGAUUUUUCCAUAUUUCCUGAUUAUUUUCAAUUUCAAUGGAAUAUAUGAUAUUCUGUUCAGCUGUUCAAGGAUUUACUCGUUUCUCCGUUUUUCCUAGAAAGUCCUAAUUUUAAUAGCUUCUGAAGAUGUUGCAUAAUUACUUGAAGAGCCAAAUGAAUUUCCUUAGUUUUUCUUUUCUGUGCUUAACCGCAUUGGAGAAUAGUACUAGAAAUUGAAAAGAUACAGACGCUUUCCUGAGAAAUUGACGGUAGAUCAAUAGCGAUUAAAGUCGAUCGAUAGCGAUCAGUAGAUUAAAUAAAUCAGUGUGACGUUAUCUGAGCAGAACCUUGAUUACACUCUUGAAAUUCAUAGGAAAAUACAAGACCGUUGAACCCAGUACGCUGUUCUUAUUAUUAGUACCCUCUGUUAUACUGAAAGAUCAGCACUCGAUCAGUCAAAAAUGAAAGCAAACAUUGACUCGAAUUAAAAAAAGCAAAACCAAGUGACUUAGGAAUUACGUUGCGUGCCAUUCGUACACGUGUGAUUCUUCUAAGGAAGCAUUUGUUGUAACACCAAAAGUUUCAACGUAAACCCGUUGAUUCCUUGCAGUACAGAAAGUCAGCAGAUAAAUCUGAAUUAUAUAUCCAUUACUUAAAAUAAUUGCAAAAAAAACUACUGACCUCUUGCCAUCCCAACAACUAAAUCAUCCGUUCGCUCAGCGUUUCAAACAUGAGAAUUUCAUCUCGCCAUUCUCUCGACAUUCGUCUGCAAAGGAUUAAUAUUUCAUUUAAAACAUCAAUGCACUUUGCGAGCGAGAUAUAACCGAAAUCCCCGGUUGCACGGAAUGCGUUGGAGCUCGUCGUUAACACGUUAAGCGCCAUGUCAGCCACUGGUGACCGACGCUUCUGAAUGACUAAAAAACAAUCGUAACGUACAAGACAACCGAUGUGAAAUAAAAAUGUUUAACAACGCAACUAAGUUGAUAAUAGCAUAACGCGAACGUUGCAACGCUGAACAAUUCAUAAGUAUUCCUACUUUUCUUUGCUACAAAAGACAAACUAUGGGAAAACGCUUAAGAUUUUCGUGGCGCUUAACGUGUUAACGCGAAAAGUCGAUUGUUCACGUUGGCGUUCAUAGGCGAACAAGAGGACGGCCUUGCCGGCGUGUACCUGAGCUCAUCGUUCCUCUUUUCCCGGCUCAUAAGCGACAUUGAUUUUGAGACGUGACGCAAGCACACGCGUAAACUCCGCGGCGGACGGCGUGGAAAAAAGAAUUGCUCGUGCAACCGAAGAAUUUCCGGACACGUGGGCGGAAUAUUUCUCCCCCACACGCGCGCCGUUCGCUGAUCCUUAGGAGAUACAACAGCUGGCAGUGAUAUAGCGUCGCGUUCGAGCGGAUCCUCCUUUGCGCGCCGCUGGACGAGGCGUCACCUUUCCUGUAAUCGCGAUAUCCUCCGUUGACCGUCCGGUCCGCAGCUCUCUUUAUGGGCCCGUUGGGUCCCCUGCCUCGCUCUGCAUCCUUGUAAUUGAAGAUCAUCGCGUAGAUUGCCGUGUAGAUCCGGUAGGACUAUAAACGAACGCUUCCUUCUUGGAAUUCGGCUAGCUGGAGCCAGGAGCAGUAGUUUCCCAGUACCUCGAUGAUUCUCUGGAACCGGCUGAAAAAGGAAGCUAAUUUAGAAGGUUGCUUAGUACACUCGAUAGUCUACGCCAUAACUAGGUUUUUUUCAUUGUUCUAGACCAGUAGUCUGUUAUAAGCCACUCAGGCUUGAUAGCAGCGACAAAAACGUUAGUUCCUCUGCAUUAUCGUGCUUCCCUUUUUACGCUGGUUACAAGCAAAUUCUUGAAACAUCGAGUUCCUGUUCUCAGUAAGUCCCUAUGAACGAUCCACGGACUGAAUAAUGCUGAAUCGUUUCAACGAUCUUCGACGCACAGUGCAGCUAUGGACGAACCUCUAAAUUCCACUAUGCAUGACAAAAAUUGAAGAUUUUCAUACGUUUAACACUAUUUCUACCGAAGGUGUACAGGAUACCUUUCAAAAUUUCAUAAAAUUAUUUUCCAGGAAUAGUUUCAUAUUCUGAAUCGACUCUGAGUUUUCUAAUAACGAUUAUACAGUUAAUAAUUAUCUUCAAUCGAGGUGUUAUUACACCGAGAAAACAAUUAUAAGCUAACAUUUCAAAGAGUGUCCUUUGACAGCUUGAAAGAUACUUUCAAAAUUUCAUAAAAUUAUUUUCCAAGUAUAGUUUCAUAUUCUGAAUCGUCUUUGACUUCUCUAAUAACGAUUAUAGUUAACAAUUAUCUUCAAUCGAGGUAUCAUUGCACAGAGAAAAUUAUACGCUAACAUUUCAGUGUCCUUUGACAGCCUCGGCAGAAAUAGUGUCACGUUAUCGUGCUUCAUCCGGAAAACGGCCGGUUGGCCGCGCUGUGCGUCGUUUCGCGCCUCGGAGACAAGGAAAGAGUAACGGCGAGCCGCCGCGCGAACCGAUCGCGGAUCAAUGUGCGCCCGCGAUCCGCGAUCCGACAGGAGGUGAACGCCGUGCACCUGUCUAAUUGCUCGGGCCUCGUGUCCCCUUUUCAGUUUCGCUUCUUCCAGUGAGGAGGGGAAAAAUCGUGGCAUAGUCGAAACCCUCCUCUAUCGUUUUGCAUGCAUGGAUCCCGGCUUGCACGAAUUGCGGCGCGCACGAUACCACACUCGGCAUCCACCCACAUACACACGCGAACACACCGUGUACCUGUUCUCCUGCACCAGCGACCGGCGUCUCUCACAGCGCACGUGUACUUGGGCGGCCGGCUGAGACCGAUCGGUAUCAGACAUGACCAACGAUAAACAGUCGUGGUUCCGCGGAGUUCGCAGCAGCAAGUUCCGCCACGUGUUCGGCGUGCCGGCGAAGCGGGAGAGAUGCUACGACAACGUGAAGAUCACGAAGAACGCCCACGACUCGCAGUUCUGCGCGGUGAACCCGAAGUUCCUCGCCGUGGUGACCGAAGUCGCCGGCGGAGGAGCGUUCCUGGUGUUGCCGUUGGAUCGCACCGGGCGACUGGACUUCAACGCGAGCAGGGUCACCGGACAUACCGGGCCAGUUCUGGAUAUCAAAUGGAAUCCAUUCAACGAUAAUAUCAUCGCUUCCUGCUCCGACGAUUGCACCAUCAAACUCUGGCACAUUCCCGACGGUGGCCUCUCCCGAAACCUGACCGACUGGCUGGUAGAGCUUCAGGGACACAAGCGUCGCGUCGCCUACAUAGAAUGGCAUCCGGUAGCGGAGAACGUGCUCUUCAGCGCAGGUUUCGAUCACCUGGUGAUCGUCUGGGACAUAACCAGGGGCGAGGCGGUCAACGUGAUCAACAGGCAUCCAGAUGUGAUCUACAGCAUCUCGUUGAACCGCGACGGCAGCUUGCUGGCGACCACGUGUAAGGACAAGAAGCUCAGGGUGUUCGAACCGCGGUCUGGCAUUGUGGUCUCGGAAGGAGACUGCCACGCCGGGACCAAAGCUAGCAAAGUAGUUUUCCUCGGUGAUUCGGGCCGCCUUCUGACCACCGGUUUCAGCCGGCACUCCGACAGACAGUACGCGAUUUGGAGCCAGCACGACCUGACCGUGCCAUUGACUUGCGAGACCAUCGACUCCUCGAGCGGGGUCGUGUUUCCGUACUAUGACAACGACACUAACAUGGUGUAUCUAGCGGGCAAGGGCGACGGCAACAUCAGGUACUACGAAGUGGUGAACGAGGCUCCCUGGAUGCACUAUCUCAGCCAGUUCAUCUCAGGCAAUCCGCAGAGGGGACUGGGCGUGAUGCCUAAGAGAGGCGUGAACACCUCGAUCUGCGAGGUGUUCAGGUUCUACAAGCUGCACGCGACCCGCGGCCUCUGCGAGCCUAUCUCGAUGAUAGUCCCGCGAAAGAGCGACCAAUUCCAGGAGGACCUGUACCCGGACACCAUCGGCACCUGUCCCGCUCUGUCGGCCAGGGACUGGAUCAGCGGCAUGAACAGCCCGCCGAUUUUAAUCUCCCUGAAAACCGGAGGUAGCAUCACAACGCACAAGCCCCGCGUUUACAAGCCAUCGCAGCCGGCCGCCACCGACCUCAACAACAAGAAGAAAUUCGCGUUCCUGUCCACGGAGACCGUGCCGGACUACAGGCCGAUCGAGUUCCACGAGAUAACGGAGAAAAGCCAGAAAACCUCGAGCAACCAGAGCACCAAGUUCCAACAGCUGCAACAGAAGUUCGGCAGCGCUGUGCUACAGAAGAACAAUAACAUCAUCACUCCUCCACCCGACAACAAGGUCUUGGAGAUCGUAGACAUUCCCAACAACGAGGCCGAGCUGAGACUGGCGUUCGUUCGUCAAACCGACGAGCUGAGACUGGUGCGACGACAGCUAGCCAACAGUCAGCUGCGAGUCAAAGAGCUGGAGGAGCAAGUACGCAAGCUUCAGCUGCGUCAAUAAAGCUCUGCGGUGCGCGUCCACUCUUGAAACGCUUCGCUCUUGGAACUGACCCCUUAACCAUCUAAAUUGUUUUCAGUGAAACGUGUUUGUUAGUAGACAGUAGGAAAGGUGAAAGAACCAUGAGGAAUAAUUUACAAUAAGUCGGGAGUACCUUGCAUUAUGUGGAAGGAUUCAGCAUUUUGGAAACGGUUCCUAAAUUUCAUUCAACGGUUAAGGGGUUAAACCGGAGGAAGCGGAACGAAGGUCAGGUUCACCGUCGAGUGGAAACGCUGUUUCAAAUCUUCGCUUCGGAAAUAUCUCUUGUAGCUUGGUUGCUAGUUGCACGAGAGACACGGUACUUAACGGACAAGAGACGUGGUGCGGAGCUUUCGAGCCGGUUGUCCGAAGGAUUAUGGUGCACGAGAGACUUCUUGCGUGUCGUCUUCGCAAGAUAAGAUGGAGAAACCGUGGUUCGACUCUCUAGAUACUGUGGCUCGCGUAUUUGUUCACGUAACAAUCUGUAACAAUCAUGGAACGCGACAUUACCAUACGUUUGUUUCUUCAGUACGCGAAAGCUUCAUCUUUUUACAUCCUUUGUCAUAGAAUAAUACAAAGUAACGUAGAGGUUUCCUUGUUUUCUCAGAAAAUGAAGUUGAAUAGAGUUGUCUUCGUUUGAUCGUGAAGUUUGCUGUUCGCUAUGGAAUUUGACCAAGGAAAAAUGGACUGUUUCAUGAACAAAUGUUGCGAGUUCCUGCUAGACACUUGCUGUACGGACGAGCAACUCGGUCGUUCGAGUUUAGACAAUUUUCCAGUGACUUUCCCGUCUUUCUGUCUUCAGCCUCUUUCCUACCUUUGUACGGUCUUGCUACAACUUUUCAAGGCGCAGCGAUGAAGCAACAAUAAUUUAGUCAAUUUCCGUCUCUGAACACGUUCGACGUAGAGAUGCUGGAACACAGAUGAGAUGAUUGUGAUUCAACACUAUUGCCUUCAUUGUACAGACGAGUUUUUGUCUGUGUGUUAGCUUGAUGUUUCUCUAGUUUCUGUGUUUCGUAGACUCACCGGCCAUUGUUGUCGUUCGUUUCCCUCUAAAUUCGAGUCGUUCAUUUCCGUCGUUCAAAUCUCCAGGAUCCAACCUCGUCCCGUUUUCUACUUUACGAAUGAUCAGACUGGCAGACAAUGCGCGCGUUAAGAGAAAGAUCAAUCUGAUAUAUAGACACGAAACCUCGGGGAAGUAUUAAUGGUUCAGUACACGGAGAAUCGUACCUGUCUUGUGCGUAUGCACGUUUAUCGUACGCGGUUUCACCUGUACAGAACGUUCCGAAGCGCGCGGCUGGCACGCUGUACACGCUCGAUGGAACACGUGAAACGAAACGGUCACCCAAUUAAUUAAAUCAAGUCGACGUAUUUAAAAAGAAAAACUUGAGACCAUCAUCCUCGACGCUGGUCGUACCGCACGAACAACGACGCAGCGGAAUAGAAAAUUUCGUGCAGAUCAUUAAGGUUUUUUAAUCGUACCGAUCGUUUUGUGGCGUAACAGGUUUCUCUAAAAAUGAAAAUUUCAUCGUGGACUCGCGAAUUCCAACCGGAGCGGACGGCGCCCGCGAUGACGAAGGUGUUUCCCUUAAUUAAGUUGAUCGGCGAGCCUCGAAGAUCGGCCUGUACAGCCUGCGCCCGUGACUUCACAGAAACGCUGGACAGAGUUCCGUUACGUAGAGUGAUAGAUAAACGCAGAACGUCUAGAAAUCGCGGGAAGGAUUGUAAAAAGCGGAAAGAUAGAUGCAAUAAACAUCCGGCGAACGAAAACGGAGUGCACGAGAUGCAAAGAAUUUAAAUGAUAACGGUCAGCAACGUACAAUAUAAGAUGCCCCGCGAACUUAUCUUUGCAAGAUACUUGAUGCAAUAACUCUCGAUGCAUUUACGCAAUAUUAAUAUUAACGGAUUAAUAUUCUAUUGAUUGAUUUUAAGUUUCUCGGUCGAUCGGCGAAUAUUCUAUUUAUUGCGUAGGUUUACCUUCACCACGAGUCGACGACCGACUUCAACUUCUGUAGUCAAUCGCGGUAGCGCCUCUCCGAUUGUCCUGCUGAUUGUUCGUGCUCUUCGUUUCGUCACUGUUUCCCUCUUUUCGAGGAACUGGCAAAAAUUGCAGUUUCAACGAUUACAAUUGUAGCGAACAUUCGGAUCGAGUUUCGGAAUAACGAUUCCGCGCGAACUCGUGGAGUCUUAUUAGAAUUUACUGAUAAGAUCGCGUAACGGAAUAGUUUAAUAUCGAGUACAGUAUUACCUCGGUACGAGCUGCUAGUCGAUCCUAAACCGUGAACUUAUAGCGAGGCAGUACUGCACUUCUGACUGAAAAGAGAAGAGGAGACAGUGAGCGAAUCGAACGCGGUUGGACAGUGUUCAAUUCCCAAAUAUACUCCCUCGAUAGUAGUCGCGACGGAGACCCAAGCUGUGGACAAUUACAGGGGCAGCACCGCGAAUAAAUGUCCUGAAUGGCUGUACAUUAAUUUAUGUAAUAUUUAAUUCUCUUCGUUACGCGUAAGAUAGGGAAGUUUUAGUUGAUUAACGCACGGUUAAGCUAACGGUCAAGCGUGUUUAUCACUGCCACGCCCACUGCCAUGAUCCAAGUGUGGCAAUGUCAUUUUGUUUCUUUCCAUUGUUUUCUAGGGAACGCAUGGCAGUGACGAUAUUUUCUAUACUGCGAUUCAUUUCUGUCAUUGAACAUGUUCUUUUCCUGUACGCUAGAAUAAAGAGUGCAAACGUGCACAAUGGAAAUCGCAGACACAAUGGUGGAUGAUGGACAUUAAGGUUUUUCUUUCCUUGUUUUGGGGCCUGAAAACAAAAACAGGGAUUUUUGGAACUAAAGCACGUUUUGAUCCGUAAUUUUGCGCAUACGUUUGUAUAUGCUGGAGGAAGAGCCGUGAGUUUUUAUAUUAACAAAAGAUUGAUAUUAAACAUGUUACGAGCUGCAAAGUGAGCCUUUAAAAACUAUUGAUCACCUGACACGCAAUUUUACAGUGUAAGACACAAUUACGAGUUUACUUAAACAACGGUUGAUGUUAUGGACAAAAUCACCACCCACCUUUCACCUCGUAACCUCGUUAAUGUUAAAUCCUGUUCAAUAUAAAAAUUCACGUGUCUUCCUUAAAGUUUUACUGACGUAUAGAUAAAGUUGCAGGUAAAAAUACUUUAUAGUUUCUUGGGUAAAAGGAAGUGGAAUGUCACCUAUCUUUGAUCCCCCUGAAAAACAAAACAAAUGACAAAAAAAAUAUUGUUGUAGGCAUACUUGAGAAAUAAAAAACAAAUGAACAGAGAUGCGCAAUUUUGGUUAUACGGUCAGCUAUACUUAUACUACGAAAUAACGCCGAUAUGUGUGUGUGUCAAAUUAAACCUUGUCUAGGACCAACAAACGGAAGAUUGUUAGUCACAAAAAAGAUUCUAUUACCGCUUGGUAGUGAUCAAAUUAAGUAAUGGUUUAUACACUGUUUAUAUAUAUAUAUACAUAUAUGUAUUUUUCAUACGACAUAUACAGUUGUAAUUUCAACCGAUAAAUAUAUAUAUAUAAAAUCUGAGCAGAACUCCUUACUAAUUAAUAUAUGUGUAAUUGCGUGCUUCGAAAUUAGUCAUUCGCAGAUAGAAACAAAGACAAGAACGACACAUCCAUCUACUUAGUUUAUCAGUGUAUACUAACUUUCGUUUCCGAUGAUGCUUGUAGCAUGAUGGAAAUGUGUUUUCAAAAUUUCUGUCAAAUUCUUAAAAUCAUUCAUGAAUAUUUCGUCGAGACGGAUUAUUUUGAAGACGGUUUUACAGUACUCGAAAAUAUGGAUUUCUGUCGGUUGUCGUAAUAUCAUUAAUAUUAAUAUAAUUGUAUAACAUUUCAUGGUAAUCUAAGUCUCUUAUCACGCUUCGCUUGCGUACUGUGUAACUAAAAUUCACGUAUGAACAUGUUUCCAUCAUGGCCAUCGCCGGCGUCGCUUCGGCGAGGCGAACAUUUUUGCUUUGGGUCGGUGAACGCGUGUGUAUCUGCCGCAGAGUGCUAGCCCUGUAUACUUGUUCACUGUAUAAACGAAUAUAUUACAUAAUAUACCAAAGAGCGUCGUUGUGCGAGUACCUCGCCGUGAAAUGAAAUUUGUUACUAGGCAGUUGAACGACUAUCAUAUAUAUUAUAUUUAUAUGCAGAGAAAUGAACUAAUAUGUAAGACUAAACAGGGAUCUCGUUCGUGAAUAAAGAACAAAGCAUUCAUUCCCAUUCACGUUGUUUCAUGGUUCACACGAGAGAAUGAUACACUUUUUCUUUUUCUUUUUAUUUCACUCAUACCACUCGCACUCAUACGUUUGGAGAAGCGUUCGCUAAUUUAUAACCUAUUCAUAGAGUCGUAACGUGUACAGUGACAUGUACUUUGUACAAAAUGAUGCAAAAGCAAACGAUAUAAAUCUAUCUUCAUAUAUAUAUAUAUAUUAAAAAAAAAGGAGAAAUAAAAAAUAGUUUUGUAUAAGUUCUCGAAAAUUCCACGCGACAAUUCGACUUUAAGAGUACAUAUGCAUGUGUAACCUAUACACUAAUUAAGCACUUACAUUGAUCCGCUAAAGCUUAUCGUUUAAGUUGUUUUGGUUGACGGUGUUCAACACACGAUGGACGGAAUUUACUUAUCUUAAAG